AUGCACGAUCUAAAUGGAUAUAAAUCUAUUGUUGCAGCUUUCGAGCGCUCCAGAGAAGGACACAAAAAUGAAAACGGACAGUUUUUCCCAGCAACUCAGUACGCUCAGUACAGCAUGCUUGUCGACCACUUCUAUGAUGGUAAAGCCUCCGGAAAAAUUCGAGACUUUUUUGCGAAGUGCUCUAAAAUUUUACUGAUAUGUGAUCCACCAUUUGGAGUAUUCUUGGAGCCACUCAUGCAUACUAUAGAAUCUCUCCAACAGCGCUACAAGGAAGCACGCGGUGAGAAAUCGGCGGAGUUUUACGGGUGCAUUGUGAUUCCGAUGUUCGUUGGCAAGUACAUUUUACGAAGCUAUAAGGACUACUGGAUGAGUGACUAUAGAGCUUCAAAAACCACUGUUAGAUGCUUCACGAACCUGAAGCCCGAUGUGUUCGACUUGUCCAAAGUGAACGGUUACAAGUUCUGCGAAUUCUGCGAGAGGUACGUUUCCAAUGCCAACAAACACUGCUUCAUGUGCUCAGCAUGUACAUCCAAGGAUGGUUCCCCGUACAAGCACUGUGAACUGUGCAUGCGUUGCGUGAAGAAAAGCUAUCGACACUGUAAAAAGUGCGAACGCUGCCAUCUGGAGGGUCGUUGUUUCAACGGCGAAGUUCAGGAGUGCGAAGAGCAAUAG